CUUUUUAACCAAAUUUCUCCUAUUCAAAACAGCCACUGACCUGCUUUUCGUUUCUCUUCAUUUUUCUCCAAGCUAGCCCACUCUUCAAUAUACUUUCCCUGAGUUUUAUAUAUAUAGCCACAUGCAACCACAUCGUAUUCAUUCCACACGACAUUUUAUAGCAGUAGAGUUGCCCAGGACUCCGAUACCAUGGAUUUGCCAGUUUUGUUCCUUCUAUUAUCUUUGUCAUUUUCUCUCCCACUCUCAUCCUCAAGCCUGGAUACCAUUCAUGAAGGCACAUCCCUCUCAAUUGAGAAAUCGGAAGACAUUCUGAUAUCACCUGAUGGAGUUUUCUCUGCUGGCUUUUAUUCCGUAGGGGAUAAUGCCUAUUGUUAUGCCAUAUGGUUCAAUAAGCCAUCCCACAGCAAGAUUCAAACCGUAAUCUGGAUGGCAAACCGUGAUCACCCCGUUAAUGGAAGGAGCUCUAAGCUCUCUCUCCUCAAAACUGGUAAUCUUAUCUUAUCCGACGCUGGAAGGUUCACAGUUUGGGCAACAAACACUCAGUCACACUCCCCAGUAAACUUAUCUCUCAGCAACACCGGUAAUCUUGUCCUACGAAACAUGGAAGGUGUUACUUUAUGGGAAAGCUUUGAUUUCCCAACAGACACCCUUCUUCCCCAACAACAACUCACUAGAAGCACAAGGCUCAUCUCCUCCAGAAGCCAGACCAACUAUUCCUCUGGUUUUUACAAGCUCUUUUUCGAUAACGACAACACCCUCCGCCUUCUUUAUGACGGUCUUGAGGUUUCCAGCGUAUGCUGGCCAGACCCGUGGCUCGUGAGCUGCGAUGCUGGAAGGUCCACAUACAACAGCAGUCGGAUUGCAGUGCUUGAUACGUUCGGGAACUUCAGUUCUUCUGAUGAUUUUACUUUUAUGGCAGCCGACUAUGGGCCGAAGCUUCACAGAAGACUGAGAAUUGAUUAUGAUGGUGAUGUUCGAUUGUACAGUUGGGACGAGGAGGGGCAGACGUGGAUUGUGUCUUGGCAAGUCAUACAGGGACCUUGCAAGAUUUAUGGUAUUUGCGGGGAAAAUAGCCUUUGCAGCUAUAUUGUUGGUUCUGAUAGGAAAUGUUCAUGCCUCCCAGGAUAUAAGAUAAAAAAUCUAACCGACUGGUCUGACGGGUGCGAACCAGAGUUUCAUCUUUCUUGCAAUAGAAAUGAGUCUGGCUUCCUGCUGUUACCCCGUGUCGAAUUCUUUGGUUAUGAUUAUGGGUACUUGCCCAAUUACACAUUUGAUCAAUGUAAGAAUUUAUGUUUGCAAUUGUGCAACUGCAAAGCGUUCCAAUUCACCUUCUCUCGAGAAGACGGCUUUUCAAAAUGCUACCCCAAGACGAUGUUGCUUAAUGGAUAUCGUUCCCCAGAUUUCCAAGGUGACCUCUAUUUAAGGCUACCUGAAAACAAUUUCUCCUCCUACGCAAAUUAUGUACAAGAUUUCAAACUCAAUUGCUCAAGUAAUGGCACGGUGCAACAGGACAGAACGUAUAAGAGAUGCCAGGAAAAUCUGAUAGUAAAAUUCAUGCUCUGGUUUGUAUGUGGAGUGGGAGGACUUGAAAUAAUCUGUAUCUUUUUGGUGUGGUGUCUCUUGAGUAGACCCCAGCAAGCAUCUAGUGUAGACAAACAGGGCUAUCUUAUUGCUGUCACUGGGUUCAGAAGAUUUACUUAUGUUGAGCUCAAGAAGGCAACAAAAGAUUUUAAUGAGGAGAUUGGAAGAGGUGCAGGAGGAAUUGUGUACAAAGGGGUAUUGCCUGACAAUCGAGCCGUAGCAAUCAAGCGUCUCAAUGAAUCUAACCAAGGAGAAGGUGAAUUUCUAGCUGAAGUAAGCAUCAUCGGGAGGAUUAACCACAUGAACUUAAUUGAGAUGUGGGGGUACUGUGCAGAGGGAAAGCGUAGGCUUUUGGUGUACGAGUACAUGGAACAUGGUACUUUAGCCCAAAACCUCUCAUCCCAUGCACUUGAUUGGAAGAAAAGGUUUGACAUUGCCGCAGGCACAGCAAAAGGCCUAGCUUAUCUGCAUGAAGAGUGCUUGGAGUGGGUUUUACACUGUGAUGUAAAGCCACAGAACAUACUCCUAGACUCUAACUAUCAACCAAAGGUGGCAGAUUUUGGGUUGUCUAAGUUACAAAAUAGAAAUCUCGAGAAUGCAAGCUUCUCAAGAAUAAGAGGAACCCGAGGGUACAUGGCUCCAGAGUGGGUUUUCAAUCUUCCUAUCACCUCCAAAGUGGAUGUUUAUAGCUACGGAAUUGUUGUAUUGGAGAUGGUGACAGGAAAGGGACCAACAAAGGGUGUCCAAGCUACAGAUAGUGGAGGGGAGACAGAACCCAAAAGGUUGGUUGCUUGGGUGAGGGAAAAGAGGAAUGAAGCGGCUGCAAUGGCUUCCUGGGUUCAGGAGAUCGUUGACCCAAUAUUGGAAGGCAGUUACGAAGAGGGUAAGAUGGAAACUCUGAUAAAUGUUGCUUUGCAAUGUGUAGAGGAAGAGAAAGACGCAAGACCCAGCAUGAGGCAAGUAGCUGAGAUGCUUUUAUGCCAAGAAAAUGAUAGUCACAAUGAUGAUCAUGGUAUUAAUCUCUAAUUGGGAAUGGUACCCAUUUUUUACGGUAACAAAUAGUUGUUUUCAUAGUAAAUAAUUGAU